CAGCACAACUUCACUUGACAAUUCAACCAUCCACGAAAAAUGUGUUUUUGUUGAUUUCUGCGAAAAGUUUUGUAGGAAACGAAUUUAUUCCUAAAAACAUAGAUUGAAUUUGUUGUUAUUAUUCAUUUAGUGGUUUUGUGAGCAAAUUUAAAAUAUUUUUAUGCUGAGGAAUUUGAUGAUUGUUAUUAUUUUCAGUACUAUGCAUUAAAAGACUGUUCAACGCAUUUGUUGCAUAUUUUUUAUAAGCAACUGUUUAUUUCCUUUGCAAGAUUAUCAUGGGUGAUCGAAAAAGAGGCAGGAAAGAUUUAGGACCUCCUCCACGAUGGUUACAUUGUCCAAGGAAAGGAUCGAUUAUUGUUGACAAAUUCAUUGCUUUCAAGACUCCACUAGAUGAAUCUUAUGAUUCUCAAAUUCCUGAAGAAUGUGUUUUCACACCUUCUCUGCUUAUUGCUUCCUUAUCAAGUCAAAAGGUGAAACUUGGUUUAUGGAUAGAUUUAACAAAUACAAACCGUUUUUAUAACAAGGAAGAAAUUGAACGACACAAUAUAAGAUAUGUCAAAUUACAAUGUCGAGGACAUGGAGAAUGCCCUUCUGUUGAACAAACCAAUACUUUUAUAGAAAUCUGUCAGAAAUUUAUUUCUAAGAAUCCGUUAGAAAUUAUUGGUGUUCACUGUACUCAUGGUUUUAAUAGAACAGGUUUUUUAAUAAUUGCUUACUUAAUUGAAAGCUUGUCCUGGAGUGUGGAAGCAGCUAUUUCUUGUUUUAGUCAAGCUCGUCCACCUGGAAUAUACAAGGGUGAUUAUCUGCAAGAAUUGUUUCGAAGAUAUGGAGAUAUCGGUGAUUGUAUUCCUCCUCCGCCUCUUCCUGAUUGGUGCAAUGAAGAUGAUGAUGUUGAUGAUGACGGGAAUAUGAUAAAGGAUGGAAAAAGAAGAGAAGGGCCACCUUCAAAAAAACGAAAGGAAUUUCACAAAAAAAAUCCAGUUUUUAUGGAAGGUGUGCCUGGAGUCUCUCCUGUUUCAGAUCCUGGUCUCCUUUCCCGCAUUCAACAAAGAUGCCAAAUUAUGUGUGGAUGGAAAAGCUCGGGUUUUCCUGGUUCUCAGCCUGUGUCAAUGGACAUAAAUAACAUAAAACUUUUGCAUUCAAAGCCUUAUAAAGUCAGUUGGAAGGCUGAUGGCACAAGAUACAUGAUGCUCAUAGAUAGAGAAGACGAAAUAUAUUUUAUUGAUCGAGAUAAUUCUGUAUUCAAAGUUGAUGGCCUGAGAUUUCCUCGCCGAAAAGUACCUGAAGAACACAUCGCUAAUACACUUUUAGAUGGGGAAAUGAUAAUAGAUAAAGUAGAUGGUAAAGAUGUUCCUAGAUAUCUUGCAUAUGAUAUCAUAAAAUUUGAGGGACAAGAUGUAGGACAAACUGACUUUGAUCGUCGACUUCUUUGCAUUGCAAAAGAAAUAGUAAAACCUAGAAGAGAUGCUAUGGCUAAUGGCAGAAUUGAUCGCAUGCAGGAACCAUUCAGUGUAAGAGCCAAAGACUUUUGGGAUGUAACCUCUGCUAAACAAAUAUUGGGUGACAAAUUCCGUAAAGAAAUGUCUCAUGAAGUUGAUGGUCUUAUUUUUCAACCUGUUCCUGAUCCAUAUAUUGGAGGACGUUGCCCUGAUGUUUUAAAAUGGAAACCACCUCAUUUGAAUUCUGUUGAUUUCAAAUUGGUUAUAACUCAGCGAACAGGAAUGGGUCUUCUUCCUACUAAAGUUGGUCUUUUGUAUGUGGGCGGCAUGAGCGAACCCUUUGCUGAAAUCAAAGUUACUAAGCCAUUAAGAGGCUUGGACAAGAAAAUAAUUGAAUGUAAAUAUGAAAAUAAUCAAUGGGUAUUUAUGAGAGAGAGAACAGACAAAUCCUUUCCUAAUGCAUAUUCAACUGCAAUGGGAGUCUGUGAAAGUAUUCGAAAUCCAGUGACUACAGAUAUUCUUUUGCAUCAUAUUGAUUGUUAUCGAUGGCGUCCACCUAAUAAAAAAUAGACUUCUUGUAGAAUAGCUUCCAUUUUAGAAUUAAUAUCCAAAUACUUGAAGAGAUAUUUAAGAUAUAUUUUUGCUCAUUUUCACUCUUGAAUUGUUUUGGUGUAGAAAUUAGUUUUGUUGGAACAAUAUUCAAAUAGCUUAUAAAAUACUAUAGUGCACAAAAUUUCAGUUUGGGUUUCAAAUGUCAUUACUAUACAUUAACUCAGCAUCAUUUAUUUUUCAUUAUUGUUAAAAUGUAAAAUUGAUGACAGGGCUCAUAGAAAAAAAAAGAAAUAAUAUAAAGAAUCUUAAUAUUAUUGUUUGAACUUUUAAGAAGAAAUAAUGUAAAAUUAUUAGAAUUCCUGGUUCUCUCAUUUCAUUGUUUUCCUGCAUAUGUAUAUAUUAUGGAUAUACAUAUAUUUUGCUUUUGUGUUAUGCCCAUAUUUUAGUUCAUAUUUCAUC